CGUAGCUUGCUAACUAGUAGCAACUGCAUCGCAAUAGAGGCAACCGCUACCAUCAAGUUAGUCGAAAUGGAGCAUACACCAACUCAAAGUGGGUUCAGACAGCGUAAGUUACAGCCCAAUAUGCGUCUAAGGAAUACCUCUGUGGAUGGUCCAGGUGGCAGCCAGCUGUUUGAGGAUAUGAGUGGAGCUGUGGCUGGAUCACAAUCAGGCCACCAGCAGGCCGGGCCUCAAGCAGCAGGAUUUCCUGGCCAGUCCAUCCUGUCAGACCCCAUGUCCAACCUAGCCAUGGCAUAUGGCAGCUCACUGGCAUCCCAGGGAAGGGAAAUGGUGGAUAAGAAUCUGGACAGGUUCAUCCCAAUUUCUAAGCUGAAAUACUACUUUGCCGUGGAUACAUUGUAUGUGGGGAAGAAGCUGGGCCUUCUCGUUUUCCCUUACAUGCAUGAGAACUGGGAGGUGAGCUACCAGCAGGACACUCCUGUGGCUCCACGCUUUGAUGUGAAUGCUCCCGAUCUCUACAUCCCUGCCAUGGGCUUCAUCACAUACGUCCUGGUGGCUGGAUUGGCCCUCGGCACACAGAACAGGUUUUCUCCAGAGCUGCUGGGAGUUCAGGCCAGCUCAGCGUUGGUGUGGUUGAUCAUGGAAGUCCUGGCAGUCCUGCUGUCGCUCUACCUCGUGACAGUAAACACCGACCUCACGACCAUAGAUCUGCUGGCUUUUUCUGGCUACAAAUAUGUUGGGAUGAUCAUAGGGGUGGUAGCAGGCCUGUUGUUUGGAAGGCCAGCAUACUAUCUGUCUUUACUGUGGUGCUGUGUUGCCAUCUUUGUCUUUAUGAUCCGCACUCUGCGUCUGAAGCUGCUAUCUGAGGCGGCGGCGGAGGGGAGGCUGGUGAGAGGAGCCAGAAACCAGCUGAGGAUGUACCUCACCAUGUCAAUAGCAGCAGCACAGCCCAUUUUCAUGUACUGGCUCACCUACCACCUCAUCAGAUAAGACCUGGGACACACUCACUGUGUAGAAGAUGAACUUGGCUGUCUGAACGCCAUCUCACCCCCUAACAACCCUCAAGAAAACACACAGACACACACACAGCAGAGAAGCUGGCCUUGGAUGAAACACACAACCGCUGCAGUUCUCUGCAGACAUUAAGACAUGUGUGCAUGGAGCCUAACAACACAUGCUACGAGACUAUAAAGAGAAGAUGUGAGGCGUCCCUGCCUUUCUCUCUCAGCACAGCCCCGUGUCAUUAUUGCCUCUUUUUUUGUCUUUUUAUGUAAUGUCUUCAGAAACUUGUAGCAAGAGCAAGUGGCUUUAAGUUGUUUUCUAUACUGUGUAAUUAUUUGUUUGUAAUUCUGUUUUUUAAGAAUAUUUAAGUAUGUAUGUUUGUGUAUAGCACAGUAUUGCAGAUGUUGCUCUUCUUUGAUAUCGCGUAAGUAAUUUAUCUGAGCCGACUAAAAGAAAGCACACAAACCGUCCGUUUAAUGAAAAGGAAGAACUGAAAUUCAGGUUUGAAAGCAAUCAGGUGGCUCUGUUUUGAUGUUUGACUAGAAUGACCUUUUCCCUGGUUUGUUCAUGGACGGCAGAAGUCGCACACUGUGUGGAAAUGUGCCAGUUCUGUCGUCAGUGGAUCUGGAAAACUCUUUAUAAAAACUCUGUAAAGGUGUAGACCUCACGCUGAAAUGUUGACUGUGAUGUGCUUUUUGAAAACAAACUAAAUUAUUUACUGCUUUUCACAUUGAAAGUGAGAUGGAAUAAAGAAAAGGACAAGAUGAGACGGUCUACUCUCUGAAAGUUGUUUUAGUCUCCUUGAGACACUUGAAAACUGUAUAGUCAGAAUGUUUCGUUGUGCUUUAAUGUGCUUGUAAAUCAUCUAAUGUCACUAUGAAAUAUGCCGUCUCUUCUUAUUUUAUGUAGCCAAUGCUAAUUCAAACCAGGGUAGGGUUCACAUUGACAUAACCUGUGUCAGGAUUUUUGCAUUUUCCUCAGAUGAAACUGAUUAUUAUCAAGGCUGAACCACUUAUUUCAGUUCACUGAGGUGCCAAUAAAAACUUUUUCCAAAUGCUUUGACAAAGUUCUCGUUUAAAUAAGAAUCCUGAAGUUGCAGCUGGAGGUUGUUUUUCAUGAUUAAUCAUGAAUGGAUCCCAGCCCUGACUGAAAGCAGACUGAAAGCAUACUAUCAAAUCAAAAGUGGAAAAUGACGACUGAUGAAUAAAGUCUGACUGAUGGA